AGACUAACACUGCACGGGAGUAUGCAGUCUUGGUUUUAGUGUAAAACACAAUAUUGUUGCGCAUUGAAGGACUGUGCUAAUGGAAAUAAUUAGGCAGACAAACAAGCAUGGACUAUGUAGAGGAGGUUGCCGUGUUGCUUGGGGCAUUUUCAUUACUUGAAUACAAGCAUGGAGCAGAUGAGUUGAAAGUCCUGAGAAAAGAUGAAUGUAGUGAAGCAGUUGAAAUCCUCAGUUGUGCAAUUGAUGAAAUACUUGGAGGGCUCAAUAAGAUUCCUGACAAUAAUCACAUUGCAGAAUGGAAACAGAAGGUGACUUCACUACUGCUGCAUGGUCUACUACAGUGUCAUAGAUGUAACUGUAGCUGUACAACCCCUGUACUAGCAGAGGAGGAGACUAGCUAUGACAGGAUUGCAUCAGCUCUACCAUCAUUCAGUUGUCAUCUUUAUUUCAACAUUAUUGAACAGCUCAGCUUUACACCUGAACUGUGGAAGGCUGUUGCUAUGGUAGAUCCUGUCCACAUCCAAUGGUUGGCUCUGUGUAUUCUCCAACACAUUAACCAACAAACAAACCCCAAGGAUUUACAACUCUUCGCUGACUUUUGUGAAUUCCUGACUGACUGUCCCAGUGCUAUCCUCUGUAAUGACACUACUGAGCUGAACAAUCCUAACAGAAGUGAAGAUCAGGAUGAGUUUCAAGCUGAUUAUCAUGAAGAAAUUCAGGAACUGUUCUGUGAUAUUUUAAGAAGAAAUAUGCUACACUUCACAAGUGAUUCCCAGAAAAAAUCCAUAUUUGGAAGUAUGAUGCAGUUAACUAGUGGUGUCUAUUUAGAAAAAUUUUCUAUUGACGAACAUAUACUGAAUUUUAGUUCAGACGAUUCAACAUGUCAUAGAAGACAAUUCAACCCGAGACAGUGUAAGAAUAAUCAACAUUUUCAAAAUAGCAUCUUAUCUAUACUUGCGUCAUAUAUAAGCCACGAUGAUUGGACAAAAUCAAUAAAGCGGUUCUUCAAAAUAUUCACAAAUUUCCAAAGUUGCCUAAUGACCAAGCAUGAAGCAAAUGGAGCGGGAAAUCUCAAUGAAACAGCAAGAGAUCUUUGUGGCUUCACCUACAAGCUAUAUUUGUGUGAGGCAACACUGCGAGAGAACAAUAAAUUUUUACCAUCACAAAAUGAUACAUCAGGGGCUUAUGAUUCAGUGAAUCUUGAACAGGAACAAGUUUUAGCAUUUCUUGACGGUCUGCAGUUGAAGGAAUUGCUUGAUCUUCAAAGGGAAAUAGAAAUAGAGCAGAGGAAAAGAGUGUAUAGCUUAGAGAUUGCAAUUCGUGAACUUGCUGAGAAGUCUGAACACCAUCAAGACUACCUGGACUGGCUAUUAAGACAAAGAGGGCACAUUGUUGAGGAUGAAAGGUAUGUGAAGUGUCUCUUGGAGAAUAUAUGCCUGUUAGCUAGUGAGGACAGGUUCUAUGCACUAUUAGAUGUGCUCAUGGAGACUGCAAAAGACGACACAGCAGCUUUGCUAAAGGAGGUGUGUUUGGUUGUAUUGAGAGAACUUCCACUGACAACACAGAACCAUCUCCAUGGAAACCUGCCUGAGAAAUACACUACACUGUUGGCCAAAUGUAUGGAUGAACCCUUCCAACAGCAAGUUAUCCAGGUGCUAAAUCAGCUGGUGAAUAAUGCUGAGGAAAUAGAAGAAAGUGUGAGGGGGCUUUCUCCAUUGGCUUUACAAUGCCCAGCAGAUGUUGUUAACAUGGCAUUGAGUGAGAGCAUCACAAACAGUGGACAGAAUGGGAUUAUAGUUGAGGUAUUUCGUAUGCUACCAAACAUAUGUAUCACGUUAAAGAAGAACAAGCCACGCAUUGGUAGAAUCCUGCAUGAUGUCAUCUCCAAGAAGAAAAAAUUCUCCUGUACAGAGGUGCAAAAUUUGCUUGACCUGAUAAGAGGAUUACUGGAAAACUUUAUGUAUGAUAGCGCCACAAUGUCUUUGUUGAAUCCCAGUGAAUUUAUCAAAUUAUGCAUUGUUGAGCAUUUGUCAUGGGGAACUGUUAAUGAUGGCAAUACGUUGAAGAAUUCUUAUCUAGAGUUAGCCUUGAAGAUGCUACUGGUUGCCAUAGAGACCAAUUGUGAGUCAGAUCUCACCCCAGUCGAUGUUCACACUGGAAAUGAUCCCAGCGUAGCACGGAAAACACAUUGGAUAUUUACCAUUGAUCUUAUUCCAUUGCUACAAACCCUUUGUGGACUGCUAGAUGGCUGUAGGUUUUUGUGGUUUGAACCCUCUGAGGAUAGUGAUGCAGACAAUACAGAAGACUUGGGGUCAAGGGUCAUCGUGAAAACACUCACAAUUGAGAUUAUUGAAAGGAUUUGUCAAAUUGUUGAACUGCACCCUUCUGAAACAUCAGAAAAGUCCUUGAUGUGGCUGUACAACUGUAUUAGGGACUUUGACUGGAGCACAAGACUUCAUCUCCACAAACUGUUCAGCACAUCACCACAUACAAUGACUGUCCCAGGGAACUUGGCUGAUUAUUGUACAUGUACAACAGAUGACUCUAGAUGGGCACUGGAUACACAUGAUAAAACAGAUGGUUUGCUAGUGAUGCUGCAGGUGGGUAGCAACAAUGAUGUUAUGAUGAACACUGUACUCGAUGAUCUCAUGGAAGGGGAAAUACUUGAAAAAGAUGGUCAACUCUAUGGAAAUUUGGUUCUUGCCCUUGCUCAGCUACUUCCACAAUGCAUUCAGUCAGAAUUACAAAGGAUGAUGCGUAUAGUACAGCAAAUCAUUAAAAGAUGUCCUUCCAGUUUCAAGUACAGAACAUUGUACACCAACAACCUACCCCUUGAUGUACUACAUGAAGAUUGUCUAGAAGGUUUGAUGGUAUGCCAGGUUCUAUGUGACACCUUGUAUCUAUUGAAGCACACAUUGUGGAUGUCUGACAAAAUAUGGAACCAUGUGGCAAAGUCUUUCUCACUUACUAUGCAGAAUGUGCUGUCCAACUGUACGGUAACCAAGAGAACCGGCUACAUGGAACAUCAAAUGUUCUGUCAUACAUGUUCCGCUGUACCAUUACUACCCGAGCUGGCCCAGGAACAUGUAUAUCUACUACUCAUGGACUUAUUGAGUAAUUAUUUGCAGUAUAAGGCUAGGAACAAUAUUAACUAUCACAUGCAGUGUUGUAUUGAGACACUCCCCAAAUCUCAGUACAAAGACAAUUUAAUGAAACAAUGGAACUGUUAACAUUAUGCAAAUAUGAUUCUUCAGAAUUUAAUUGUUAGUGUUUUGAUGAAAAAAAUCUCUGUACUAUCUGUCGGUUGUGACAUCAUGAAUGUUACUGAUUUCUGAUAUUUUCU